AUUUUUAUUUCAGUGUUAAAUAUUUUUCCGUCCAUUACGGCGUUUCUGGGCAACACUCUGGUCCUAGCAGCUCUGCCUAAGGUGUCUUCGCUUCAUCUACCUUCCAAAGUUUUGUUUGGUAGCUUGGCGACAACUGAUAUCUGUGUUGGUGUCAUUGUAGAGCCUACGAGCGUUGUCCAUUGGAUGUCUGUGGUGAAGCAAAGAUGGAAUAUUUGCUAUUACGCGACAAAGGCAAAUUUUAUCAUAAGCAACACUUUAGGCUCAGUGUCUUUGGCAAUAUCAACUGCAAUAAGCGUGGACAGACUCCUGGCGCUGUCACUGGGACUCAGAUACAGAAACUUUGUAACAUUUAAGAGAACACUUGUAGCUGUGAUCUUUAUCUGGGUUUUGUCCAUUUUGAUCACGGCGGGCAAUUUUUGGGAUCUUCGCAUAAGGUUGUGGUUUUAUCACCUAGGCAUAUCUGUGUGUCUAGUCACCUCAGUUUUCGCUUACACAAAAAUUUUUUUUACUUUGCGGCGUAAUCAGAUUCAGAUGCGUCAAAGACAACCGAGCCAAUCAAUUCCACUGAACAUAGUUCGAUACAGAAAGGCAGUGUACAGUGCGAUCUGGAUACAGGUAACAUUGGUUGUUUGUUAUCUGCCGUUUGCUGUAGUGGCAGCGUUAACACCUCAAAGGGGGAUGCCUUUGUCAAUUUAUCUUGCCAGGCAGUAUACAGGAACUGUAGUUUACUUAAACUCAACAUUGAACCCGCUCCUGUACUGUUGGAGGAUCAGAGAAGUAAGGAGAGAAGUAAAAAAAACAAUCAGGCGGUUCUGUAUUUUCUUAAGCUGAGCUAAGUAGUACCGCAAAUACUUUAAUAAUAAUUAAUGCAUUUAGUUCGGCACAUGAAAAGUUCGGCGUCUGAACCAAAGUCGAAACUUCUAGCCGGGCUAGGAGGGAAGAACGGCCAAGCCGUGCAAAUAUGCGUUCCUUAUUGAUUCAGACGCCAAACUUACCAUGUACUUAAUUCAAUGUUUUAGGUUCAGCUCAUGAAACGUUCGGCUUUGAUCUGAAACGGGCCUGACCGUGUAAAAUUUGAUUGUUUUUGUGUAAUGUCUUUGUUACUUAUUUUACUUUUUCCAGUUAAGUGACAGAGACAUAAAAUGCAGUGUUUUCCUUUUUUUUUCCUUUUGCACACCGACUGUCCUACACCCCAAGUGGCAUUUUAUAUGUACAGUGUAGGUACAGCUGUUUCUUUAGUCUAGUCAGUUCGUCUUCGUUUUCGCAUCUUAUUGGGCUAAUUAGGAUAGUUUAUAAUAACAAACUAAAAAAAAUAUAUUUUUUAACUACUGCACUAGGUAUACCUAUCGAUAUAGUGCCAACGAGUAAAUCAUGCGUAUUUUGCUGGCAUGGAAUAGCAUUCCUUUUUUUCCACAUUUGACAGUUUCCUGGUCCCUUCCUUUUGCAAGGAUUAUUUUUCUUCACUGUCAAUAAAAAGGUGUUAUGCAUGUAUCAAGGUUCCGGAGAAUAGUCAGUCCUCAGACUCCUGUGGCUUUACGAACCUGCUAUAUUAUAGUUUGAAGUGUCAUGACGGGGGAUCUUUUAUUUGCAGAAGAAAGGAAUUGCUUAUUUAGUGGGAAAUAAGCAUUAUCAUUUCUCUUACCAGUGCAGCUACAAAAUUUAAUUAAUGUCGGUUCGGUUUCACUUUGUAGAUAAAUAUUUGUGCAGUUUAACCAUUUAAACCCCCUUUCAAAUUCCCCGAGGCUUUUGGUUACCCGAUUGAAACUUAGAAUGAUUCGCUGCGCUGUUUGAAAUGUUUACAAGGACAUGUGAUGUACGGCACGUCGGUAUUUUAUUUUCAUUUCAUAACUCGGCCAGGUUUCGAAACAGAUAGAGUUUUUUUCUUUUCCUCUGUCGUUCGCUUUAGGCUUGUAAUUCUUGUUUUUUUCUUAGUUUUUCGUUUGCUGGUUAGAUUUUUUCCCCAACAUCAGAUUUUUCCAACAGAAGUGACUAUAUCCUUCCUAUCAAGCUUUCUCCUCGUGUAAUCUGAUCCUUUUUAGUGUGGUGAGAAUUGCUUGUUUCACAUGGAACACUUUUAUCGUUUUACAAGCUUUUCUUCGUUAAAACUUUACAUUGAUGGCCCCAAAAUUAAACCAAUUAAUCAGGUACUCAUGUUUCUUGACUGCCGGGGCCAGGUUCAGUUAAAUAAACAUAGGAAGCUUGUAAGAAAUUUUGUAUUUUUAAAACCGCACCACAUUCAACUUCAGCCCGUGCGCCAGGUAACGCCCUUUGAUUGGUUGACAACUGCCACACCAUUGGUCUCAGGGGAAUCUACAAUACAUCAGGCUACGGGUUACACUUUUUGAAGCUCGAUCGAGAAUUUUUUUGCCUAUUGCCAAGUCUUGCGCGGCUCUAUUCUGCUGCCGCCUCGCCAAUGGCUCGUUGAUAAUAAGCUGAAAGGUAAGCACGGAAAAACACGUUUUCACUUUGCCUAUAUCUUUCUUCCACCCUCUAUUUAGUUUAGUUCAAAAAGCAUUCCUAGAGUUAACUUUGAAUUUUGUAUUCCUGCUGCGCCAUAGCACGCAUAAAAUGUAUUAUAAAAAGGGCGCUGAUGGUAUAUCCGAUCGCAGUGUUAUUAGAUGAUGUGAUAUCAAAUUUUAUUCCAACUAACGUAAGAGGCAUUAAUGUAAAACUGAUUAAUUUUAGUAUAGCAGGUCUGAUUGUGACGUCAUUGACGCUGUCAGAUUUUGGUAAACUUGCAGCUCAGAUUUUAUUAACAAUCGGACAAAACAUGGGCAAAUAAUACCUCUGAAAUUUCCUGUAAGUAAUAAUUGCAGUUUCUAACGCCUGCUUGUUUACAGACGAACUGAAAUCAGUGACUGCUGCAUAGAAAAACAUUAAUUAUUUUUGGAACUGCUGUUGAAACAAAUCUAUCUAUCAUAAGCCGACCAUUUUGCUUUAUCUAAUCCUCAUUUGUUGCAGAUGGAUGCCUUUGCCGAGCCAUCUACUGACUCUUCCCCAUUCGUCUGUCACAACCCCACACUAGUGGCGCGCGGUGUGUGAUGGGAAGGAGGAAAGCGAGGAAGAGAGACACUUUCCUCUCUUCUCCCUUCCCAUCAGCGCCUGUUCCCGCCGCGCUUUACGCGAAGACGACUGGGGACGGGUCAGAUCCAGCUGUCAUGUAGCAUUGUCUAAUUAUCAUAUGACUGAAUCCUCGAACGGGCAAGAUUAAGCGAAUCCUGUGUUCUGAUUGGCUACCCGAGCAGGCAAGAUAGGCCCACCUUGCCCCAAAAUGAAGAGCAUUCUCGCAUGUUAGUGACUGUCCAAUUAAUACUACAACAAAUAUUUGUUGGAAAAUGUGUCUAUAUUCGAGUGCCAUUUAUGAUGUCCUUGAUGGCAAGCGAAUUUCACAGAGGAGGGAGAAAGAAGGGGUCGUUAAUAAUGUACAAAACUGUAAUCUAUCACUAUUUUUUCUUUCUGUUUUAGGAAUUGGAACUUAUUCCAAUGUACCCAUUCUCUCCAUCAAAAGUGGACUCACUCGUAACACAGGUUGUCCGAAGGGAUCUUUCAACUGUUUAUUUUCAGAACACAACUUUAUUCCCGCAAACCAACAAUCAUAAAAUUACUUUUCUUUAUUUGAUACUUCCUUUGUCCUAGACAACAAGCGUUCUCGUUGACGGGACAGGAAGGGCGGGAAACAGAAACAAAAAAGGUUUAUGAGAGUCUCAGCUACUGUUUGUUUGAGGAGUUCUAACUCGAGUCCCAAAGUAACCUUUUUUGUCCAAUGUAUGGUUCCCUUGGCUAGGGUCGAAUCGUUCAUCUGUUGGAACAAAACUUCAUUGCUCUAGAUCAAAAAUUUGGUUUUGUCGAAAUUGUUUGCCAGUGCAAACUUUUGCUCAGGCGGUAUUUCUGCAAAACCAUUCGCUUCUGUGGAUGGGAAAGAGAGAGAGGCUGCUCGCGGACUACAGUUAGUUGUAAUAUUUGAAAAAUAUUGAGGGUCGGAGUUUUCGAGACACCAAGGGGUCUGCGUUUUUCGAGGGCUCCGAGUUUUUUGGGGUCUGAGGUAUGUGUUUUCGAGGUCUGAGUUUUCUUAACACCCCCGAUAGGUUUUGCCCUUUCAAGCACAAAUCGGAGAAAUAAGCGUUGAGAGAAUUCGAGCGGCUUCGGCGUAUGAACAACAAAGGGGAAAACUAAGUCUGCAACUUGUUUGGCUAGCGGGAAAGGAACUCGUCACUGUUCCAAGUUACUAGGAUCUGCUACAACUGGAAACAGGACAGCACUCAAGCUUGAACUACAACAGUUUAAUCUUCAGCUCUUGGACGUAAAUGAUACAUAAAUGUGCAUCCAAAAUGUAAAUCAUCCAUCGCAUGUAAAUCCGCAAUAUAAACCGAAAAACCGGGAUAACAGUGCUCUAUUUAUACUAACCGAUCAACUUAUUACAACAUCACAAAACCGGUGGGCAGAAGGCUGAAUCAGCUGAAAACUGAAAACAUAUCUGGAUAAAUUCAGCUUUUAAGUUUAUAAGCUAAAGUAAAUGACUGAAAAUUAAAUUUCAGUCAAGGAAAUGAAUUUCGGAAACUUCCAAAGAUUCUGCAGUAAAGCUGUGCAAAAGAAUUCGAGUUUCCUUUGCUCAGGUUUCGUUAAGAUGUCAAAACUUAAAACUACGGACGGUUGGUAUUUGAAGAGGCCAAAGAUCCAGUUAUUCAGUGACUAAGCUGUAUAAUUAUUUAGAAACUAGUUACUACAACAUUGAAAGAGAAAUGUGUAUAAUUUAAAAGAACUAAAACAUUUCAAUGCAAAGUCAAUGUAAAUUACGGCUAAAACUGACAACUUCAAAGGCAACACCUAAAAGCCGGACACGAAAUCCGAGGCAGAUAGAGAAUUGAUGGGAAACUCUCUCCUUACAAUAUUAACACGCUUUCAUUAUUUGUUAGUUGGUGCGGCCUGCAUUUUUUUAUCACAACUUUUAGUAUCCGAGGAAAUUUGCUAGCAGAGGUGGUGAAGUGGUGAAAAUUCGUGCAAAUGAUUAACAUUAAAGGCGAAAAACUGGGUACGCGAGUUGGGUGUAAAGGUAUCACUGACAAACCAUAAAAUAAUCUCGUUAUGAAAUUGGCAAUUUCAUUACGAGAUUAUUUAAUAUCAUUUAUGAAUAACUUACAGAAAAAGCCCGGAAAAUUGAGGGUACGAACGUUUUCACACCCUGUGAUUUUCCCUGGAAGUGUAUGUACUAGGCCUACGAACAAUUGUGAUCAGCCCAAGUUAAAACAUCUUUACACAGACUGCCACUAGAUCUGUGAUUAGGGUCAAAAGUAGAAUUGAAGUGUUUAUUAAUAAAUGGUGAUGAUUGGUCGUAAUUUUUUUUAUGGAAUUGUCUUCCCUAAACUUAGUGCCUAAUUUGGUCUAAAAAACAUACUGGAAGUUUUUUUUCCAGCGAGAUAGAAUGUCAAACAAAAGCCGCGAUUAUCUUAGAGUUUUCUUUUAACCGGAAGUGGUUUUCUUGGACGAAUGUGCAUUUCAUUAAGAACGCAGAUCUAGAGUGUGCGAGGAACACAAGGGAAAAUGGGAGAGGAUCGGGGAGAACAUAUUUCGCUGAUAAAUUUGCUUAACUGAUUUUUAUCGGAGAAAAUUUUUUCAUAAAUGCGAAGGGUCGUGUAAAGGAAGACGGUGUCUUUAAAUUCUACGAGCAAGAGUCUUGUCAAAGAGGCAUGAGCUAUCACGCACGACGCACGACCCACGACCCACGACGCACGAAGUACGAUGCACAACCCACUACCCAACACGCACGACCCACGAACCACUACCCACCCACGCCAAUUAGUCAUUCUCGUUUCCCAAGCAUUACAUCAAACCUUAUAAACAACAAAAACGAACUCUGAAAGGCCGUUAGGCUAGCAAGUUUUGAAAAACCAAAAUUUCAAUCCCUUGCAAUCGUCUUCAAGUUUGUCCAUCCCUGGCUCCUUUUGUAUUUGCUGUGCCGUUUAUUAUUCCUUCUUUUGACGUUUUGAGCGAUAUUUAGUAAUUAAUUUCUCAGGUGGUUUUAGAGAUUCGUGCCCUCUUAAUGGUUCAUGUCUACGUCAUAUGUUCUUACAACCACCUGGUGAGGGGAUAUUACAGAAGGUAUUAGCUUUAUAGAGUCAGUUUCGCAGAGCUCUUAAGGUGUUACUUAGCCCAAGAGAACUGACAUAUAAGGUACGGAUGUGAGAGUUAAUUAUUUUAACAUAUUAUUAUUUUUUUGGAACUUCUUACAACUGUUAACAAUUAAUGAACUAAAACGUUCAUCCCAUCGAAAAGUCCAAUUUAAAUUAUUAUUGACGCACGGGGGAUGUGAAUAUAAACGUCAGUUUGUAUAUCUCUAGACGUUCUACCUUACAAAAAAAAGUCUCAUGAAAAAGAUAUGCAUUUAUGAGUGCUGCUCGUAAACCUGCCAGAAGUUUGAUACCGAUUUCUACACGAGCGAUCAAAACAGCAAGAAUAUGGCAAAACUUUCGCUUUUAUCGAACUAGUAUAGUUCCCUCUAACAAAGCGAACUCGUACUAUAGAUGCAAAAGGAGGUAAAAAAGAUCAAUAUAAACCUUAUCGUUACUUGUUUUCGCGCGUCUAAUAAUACGGAGACGAAUUUCGCGUUACAAGGAAAAUUAGAGAAAAAGUGUAAUAAAUUUGCCGAUUCUGUCAGUGGUUUUUUUUUUUAAACCCUGCUGAGAUAAAAGUACUUGUCACCAAAUAUCUGAUUCAAAACAAGAUUGGUAAUACAAGAACCCUACAUACUGAUUUUCAAGGAGUUAUAAUAACUCCUCUAGUGGGGUUCAGUUUAAUUCCUUACAGUGGAGUUAUUUUUUGGGGGAGGUAUUUUAACCCCAAAAAGGAGUUUAAAGAACUCUUUUUUAGGAGAAAAAAUGCCCCCAGAUGUUGAGAAGUUAAAAUAAUCCCAAAAAAGGAGUUAUCCUGUACCUAAACUUUUUACUCCACUUUCAGAGUAAAAGAAACUCCAAAAAGAGUAAAAACAACCCAUGUAAGGAGUAAAAAUAACCCCAUUUUCGGAGUUAUUUUAACUCCAGACUGGGAGUUAAAAGACCUCUUUUUCAGGAGUAAAAAUGACCCCAAGUCUGGAGUUUAAUCAGGAGUUAAAGAAGCCCCGUAAAAGGGGUUAUAUAUUCUGGACAAAGGGAGGGAAUUCAUUUUGUAGGCAGAUCUUCUUCCAGGCUGUGUUAACUUUAUUUUCGACUGUCUUGGCUGACAUCCGUUUUAGCAGGUGGCUCUGAGUAUUCGAUAAAUUUUAUCCCUUUCUUUUCAGUACCAGGUAUUUUGCAUAAAAUCUUAGAUUCACAGUUUCAAUGCACUUAUUUGAAUUUGUUAAAACAGAAUAACUUUCAGGAAAAGAAUAUUUGGAGAAAUUCUUCUCUCGAUUUCAAUUUUGUGUGUACGUGUGAUAGUUUUUGCAUUUGUUAUUUAAUACAUUAAUUAUUUGCAGCCUGAUGAAAGCUUAAUGGAGGUUUUUUUUUCCCACAAAACCGAAGCAAAAAGCUUCCCUUGUGCUUUAUUUACAUAGUUUCCGAAACAACACGUGUAUUAAAUUAAUAUGUUUUUAUCUGUUUUAGCUUUCUCGACUACUGUGACAGCUACAGCGCUUUUAGCGCUUAUGCCACUUAUUACACAGUUAUUGCUGUCAAUACGAAGCAGUUCUAGUUGUGUGUGAACUGUGUGGGCGGAACAAGUUAUAUCAUAAUUAGUUGUAUACAGGAACUUUGUGUAGAAGUUUAUAAAAGACUCGACGUUCGCUCACGUAUUUUCUGUACAACAUCUUUAACCUUUGCUGACAAAUUCGUGCUGUGAAGGAUCCCCCGCUUAUCUAAUCUAGUUGUGCCUUCGACGCCAGUUUAGUCAAAUAACGCAGAGUCGGUAGAAUGGUAGGGUUGUUAAGCAACUUUAUAAAAAUUAGAAAGCCACCUAGAUUAGUAGGGGUAAAAAUUUUGAGAGAUUUAUUAUUUAUAAAAAACCGUUUGAUAAUUAUAUUCGGGCUUGACCGUUGAGAAAAAAAAAUCAUGUCAAUAAGUAACAUCAAACAAAAAGUCGACUCUAACGAUCUAGCACUUUAUACAAAAGAAUAAAGGGUAUAGCCUUAAAUAGACGCUCCCUCCCCUCAAAAAAUAAAAAAUCGGGAAGAGAGAUUUUUCUGAGGAGAAAGGAGCGUCUAUACACAGGCUAAUAGAGUAAGGUAUCAAAAAGGCUAGCAAAUCAAAAUUUACAGCAAGUCUUUAGUAUUAUAAACUUAAACUAAAACCUAGAAAUAGAAAAGGCUAGAAAAACAAAAAAUGUUGGAGAAACAUUGUUUUUAUUAUGAGCGAUAUAGGUUUAACCGUCCGAUGAAAUAAUUCCGUGAGUUCUGAGAAUCUAAAAAACGAUAGAAAAGUUUAUCUAAGCGGUAACCAUUUCAUUGGUAGAUGUGUGCCCUCAUGGUGCUUAACACAUUACACUUUACUGGAGUCCAGAAAAGAUUAUUAUACAUUCUUAAGCAAUUUCAAGAUGCUUCAUCGGGAAAAGUGAAACUUCCUCCGUUUUUUUCAAACUUUUGACAUAUUCGCAUUGAUAUGACACACUGUGUGACAUCAGCUAUAGCCCACUGUAGCUGAUUGCAAGUUUGGUGCAAUAAUAUUUAUAUUGGAAAUGGAGAUAAAAACUUAUAUUGACGUUCGAUUGACUUAAAAUGUUUUAGCGUCACUAGCUCGGUAACCUCGUUCACCAUUAAGAAAGAGUUAUUCGUGCUUAUUUCUUCUUGUUAGUAGUCAGCUAAGGGCUCCUGUGGCCGCAGGUGUUUAAUACAACAUUCUUAAAGCUACUCUUGGUAUAUUUUCGUGAAAGUUUGUCCUGUAAGCAAUGCUAUAAUUACGCUUUGUACAAGGUGAGUAACCUGGUAUCGACAGUUUUGUUAGUCUAAAUAUCUUCCCCAAGCAUAAAAGUCAUCGAUAAAGUACCUGAAAGCAUCUAAAAGUGCAUAGAAGAAGAACAUUAGAAUUAUUUCCUCCUUGUGCCAAUGGGAUAACAUAACAGUGAAAUAAUUUUAUAACUAAUAGAACAUUCAGUCUUUUUAUAAAAACAUGUUUUUAAAAAGUUAGCUGAACUAGGUAACGUCCUCUUAAAACUUCGUGAUUCUGCGCCUUUUGCAUUAUCUGAUCAUGAGCCAUGUUGUUUGAAAUUUGACUGUUGAUUCAAAAAGCGGAACUUGUCAUGGUUCCCAACUCAAUUAGUACAUGCAAACAAAGACAAUUUCAACGCACAGUUUAAUACGGAAAAGGAAAGUUGUUUAAAUUGGCUAGAGAUCCCUUUAAUAAAUUUCGUUUUGUUUUGUUCUUUUUUGCAUCCAAUUUCCCGGUUCUUUACCACGUUUAAAAUUUGCUGAUCAGAACAUUAUAAAAGCAUCGAAAAUGAAACAGCUUUAUACUAACCGAACUGGUGACAAGUUUGCAUGUUUUCACAACAGUAUCGACUUUUUUGGUCAAGCAAUGUUGCUAACUUGCAGGUUUCACGUAAGGAUGAAAGAAUAACUGAAACUGAUCGUGUUUGGAGCGUCCUCUUGCAGAGAAAAUGCGUUUAGGUCAUGUGCGCGUUGGAAUAAAACACAUGUGCGGCCGUUUUUUAACGGCUGUGGUAACCUUUAUUAUGUACAGUUGGAAAAUCUAUACUUCCUGCCCUUUCGAACUGCAAACAUGAAAUCCGUGUCUGAUUUACGUCUAUCGCGACAAUCUGGUUUUGUUUGUAAUUGAAUGCAAUGUAAUAGCAGUGAAAAAGAGAAUUCAAGGUCACGUUUGAGAAGUUUCUAUGAGAACCACGAGCCUUGACAAAGAAUGUUUACCUUCAUUGUGGGCUAAACUCCACCCCCUCCUUGAGUUUGCACACAGCCUUAGCUUACUGAAGCAUAGGGCAUCUUAAAAGUUUACUUGGUUAUUGACACAUAAUAAGCCAAACGAAUUGGUGAAAACUUGCUUCCACUGGUCAUUGCAGAUUUACUUCGGGUAAACUCUUUCCUAGAUGGAAACCCUCAUAUUAUAACACAAAAUAAUCAAUUUUAAGGGAACUAAACAAUUAAACAAUUAUAGCUGUGAGCAGAUAUUGUACUUUAACUCUAUAAAGCACUACAUUCAGUUUAGCUGCUCGUAAACCUGCCAGAAGUUUGAUACCGAUUUCUACACGAGCGAUCAAAACAGCAAGAAUAUGGCAAAACUUUCGCUUUUAUCGAACUAGUAUAGUUCCCUCUAACAAAGCGAACUCGUACUAUAGAUGCAAAAGGAGGUAAAAAAGAUCAAUAUAAACCUUAUCGUUACUUGUUUUCGCGCGUCUAAUAAUACGGAGACGAAUUUCGCGUUACAAGGAAAAUUAGAGAAAAAGUGUAAUAAAUUUGCCGAUUCUGUCAGUGGUUUUUUUUUUUAAACCCUGCUGAGAUAAAAGUACUUGUCACCAAAUAUCUGAUUCAAAACAAGAUUGGUAAUACAAGAACCCUACAUACUGAUUUUCAAGGAGUUAUAAUAACUCCUCUAGUGGGGUUCAGUUUAAUUCCUUACAGUGGAGUUAUUUUUUGGGGGAGGUAUUUUAACCCCAAAAAGGAGUUUAAAGAACUCUUUUUUAGGAGAAAAAAUGCCCCCAGAUGUUGAGAAGUUAAAAUAAUCCCAAAAAAGGAGUUAUCCUGUACCUAAACUUUUUACUCCACUUUCAGAGUAAAAGAAACUCCAAAAAGAGUAAAAACAACCCAUGUAAGGAGUAAAAAUAACCCCAUUUUCGGAGUUAUUUUAACUCCAGACUGGGAGUUAAAAGACCUCUUUUUCAGGAGUAAAAAUGACCCCAAGUCUGGAGUUUAAUCAGGAGUUAAAGAAGCCCCGUAAAAGGGGUUAUAUAUUCUGGACAAAGGGAGGGAAUUCAUUUUGUAGGCAGAUCUUCUUCCAGGCUGUGUUAACUUUAUUUUCGACUGUCUUGGCUGACAUCCGUUUUAGCAGGUGGCUCUGAGUAUUCGAUAAAUUUUAUCCCUUUCUUUUCAGUACCAGGUAUUUUGCAUAAAAUCUUAGAUUCACAGUUUCAAUGCACUUAUUUGAAUUUGUUAAAACAGAAUAACUUUCAGGAAAAGAAUAUUUGGAGAAAUUCUUCUCUCGAUUUCAAUUUUGUGUGUACGUGUGAUAGUUUUUGCAUUUGUUAUUUAAUACAUUAAUUAUUUGCAGCCUGAUGAAAGCUUAAUGGAGGUUUUUUUUUCCCACAAAACCGAAGCAAAAAGCUUCCCUUGUGCUUUAUUUACAUAGUUUCCGAAACAACACGUGUAUUAAAUUAAUAUGUUUUUAUCUGUUUUAGCUUUCUCGACUACUGUGACAGCUACAGCGCUUUUAGCGCUUAUGCCACUUAUUACACAGUUAUUGCUGUCAAUACGAAGCAGUUCUAGUUGUGUGUGAACUGUGUGGGCGGAACAAGUUAUAUCAUAAUUAGUUGUAUACAGGAACUUUGUGUAGAAGUUUAUAAAAGACUCGACGUUCGCUCACGUAUUUUCUGUACAACAUCUUUAACCUUUGCUGACAAAUUCGUGCUGUGAAGGAUCCCCCGCUUAUCUAAUCUAGUUGUGCCUUCGACGCCAGUUUAGUCAAAUAACGCAGAGUCGGUAGAAUGGUAGGGUUGUUAAGCAACUUUAUAAAAAUUAGAAAGCCACCUAGAUUAGUAGGGGUAAAAAUUUUGAGAGAUUUAUUAUUUAUAAAAAACCGUUUGAUAAUUAUAUUCGGGCUUGACCGUUGAGAAAAAAAAAUCAUGUCAAUAAGUAACAUCAAACAAAAAGUCGACUCUAACGAUCUAGCACUUUAUACAAAAGAAUAAAGGGUAUAGCCUUAAAUAGACGCUCCCUCCCCUCAAAAAAUAAAAAAUCGGGAAGAGAGAUUUUUCUGAGGAGAAAGGAGCGUCUAUACACAGGCUAAUAGAGUAAGGUAUCAAAAAGGCUAGCAAAUCAAAAUUUACAGCAAGUCUUUAGUAUUAUAAACUUAAACUAAAACCUAGAAAUAGAAAAGGCUAGAAAAACAAAAAAUGUUGGAGAAACAUUGUUUUUAUUAUGAGCGAUAUAGGUUUAACCGUCCGAUGAAAUAAUUCCGUGAGUUCUGAGAAUCUAAAAAACGAUAGAAAAGUUUAUCUAAGCGGUAACCAUUUCAUUGGUAGAUGUGUGCCCUCAUGGUGCUUAACACAUUACACUUUACUGGAGUCCAGAAAAGAUUAUUAUACAUUCUUAAGCAAUUUCAAGAUGCUUCAUCGGGAAAAGUGAAACUUCCUCCGUUUUUUUCAAACUUUUGACAUAUUCGCAUUGAUAUGACACACUGUGUGACAUCAGCUAUAGCCCACUGUAGCUGAUUGCAAGUUUGGUGCAAUAAUAUUUAUAUUGGAAAUGGAGAUAAAAACUUAUAUUGACGUUCGAUUGACUUAAAAUGUUUUAGCGUCACUAGCUCGGUAACCUCGUUCACCAUUAAGAAAGAGUUAUUCGUGCUUAUUUCUUCUUGUUAGUAGUCAGCUAAGGGCUCCUGUGGCCGCAGGUGUUUAAUACAACAUUCUUAAAGCUACUCUUGGUAUAUUUUCGUGAAAGUUUGUCCUGUAAGCAAUGCUAUAAUUACGCUUUGUACAAGGUGAGUAACCUGGUAUCGACAGUUUUGUUAGUCUAAAUAUCUUCCCCAAGCAUAAAAGUCAUCGAUAAAGUACCUGAAAGCAUCUAAAAGUGCAUAGAAGAAGAACAUUAGAAUUAUUUCCUCCUUGUGCCAAUGGGAUAACAUAACAGUGAAAUAAUUUUAUAACUAAUAGAACAUUCAGUCUUUUUAUAAAAACAUGUUUUUAAAAAGUUAGCUGAACUAGGUAACGUCCUCUUAAAACUUCGUGAUUCUGCGCCUUUUGCAUUAUCUGAUCAUGAGCCAUGUUGUUUGAAAUUUGACUGUUGAUUCAAAAAGCGGAACUUGUCAUGGUUCCCAACUCAAUUAGUACAUGCAAACAAAGACAAUUUCAACGCACAGUUUAAUACGGAAAAGGAAAGUUGUUUAAAUUGGCUAGAGAUCCCUUUAAUAAAUUUCGUUUUGUUUUGUUCUUUUUUGCAUCCAAUUUCCCGGUUCUUUACCACGUUUAAAAUUUGCUGAUCAGAACAUUAUAAAAGCAUCGAAAAUGAAACAGCUUUAUACUAACCGAACUGGUGACAAGUUUGCAUGUUUUCACAACAGUAUCGACUUUUUUGGUCAAGCAAUGUUGCUAACUUGCAGGUUUCACGUAAGGAUGAAAGAAUAACUGAAACUGAUCGUGUUUGGAGCGUCCUCUUGCAGAGAAAAUGCGUUUAGGUCAUGUGCGCGUUGGAAUAAAACACAUGUGCGGCCGUUUUUUAACGGCUGUGGUAACCUUUAUUAUGUACAGUUGGAAAAUCUAUACUUCCUGCCCUUUCGAACUGCAAACAUGAAAUCCGUGUCUGAUUUACGUCUAUCGCGACAAUCUGGUUUUGUUUGUAAUUGAAUGCAAUGUAAUAGCAGUGAAAAAGAGAAUUCAAGGUCACGUUUGAGAAGUUUCUAUGAGAACCACGAGCCUUGACAAAGAAUGUUUACCUUCAUUGUGGGCUAAACUCCACCCCCUCCUUGAGUUUGCACACAGCCUUAGCUUACUGAAGCAUAGGGCAUCUUAAAAGUUUACUUGGUUAUUGACACAUAAUAAGCCAAACGAAUUGGUGAAAACUUGCUUCCACUGGUCAUUGCAGAUUUACUUCGGGUAAACUCUUUCCUAGAUGGAAACCCUCAUAUUAUAACACAAAAUAAUCAAUUUUAAGGGAACUAAACAAUUAAACAAUUAUAGCUGUGAGCAGAUAUUGUACUUUAACUCUAUAAAGCACUACAUUCAGUUUCAAUACAACUGUACUACCCUCAAAAAAUCAGUUCAGGUAACUCGAACUCUCUAUAACUCGAACCUCCCGCUAACUUGAACCAAUUUUCAUUUCCCUUCGGAUCAUUUUCUAUAUGAUUUUGCCCUCGAUAAUUCGAACUCCCGAUAACUCGAACUUUUUUUCUAUUUCCCUUGAAGGUUUGAAUUAGAGGGGAGUGGACUGUAUGUGAUUUUCCCUUCCCUAUUUCAAGUCUGAUCCAAAAUUCUAUUCCCAAUUUCAAACCAGGCCUUGCACCCCACUCUCAAGGCAUGAUGAGAGCAGCUACCCAAGAAAAUGCUUUUGGGUUGUGUGAUACUCAAAGUAGUCUUCUCAAUGGGGUCUUCUAAAGCAUACAGUCUAUAUAAAGUGUACAUCACUCUACAUUUCACUGUUCUAGAUAAGAACGUACAGCUGUAUAGCUUAUGAUAACCUGUUGUAGGCCUUCAGAUAGUGAGAAAUAGAGCAUUAAAAAAUGCAGGGUAAUUUUUUUUCUCUUUGUGCAUUCCCCAAUAUCUGAAUGUCUGGAACAGGCUACCAUAAAAUACUGCUUUUAAGCCUCCCCCCGUCCCCCCAAUUUAUAAGCCCCCUCAGUUAUAAGCCAAUCUACCGGUAAACAAGAAAAUGGCCCUCCAGGUGAUAAGCCCUCCCCUAAGCUUCCACUAUUACAUUUUGAAGCUUAGUUAGAAACCAGUAAAUGCAAAAAGUAUUUUGUUUCGAAUCGCUUUUUCUAUUCCAGUUAUAAGCCCUUCCUUUUCUGAAAAGAAAAAAAAAACCUGAAAACUCCUUACUCCUUUGAGGUUUCCUCAUGUGUCCUGAACUUUAUGGUUACGCAAUCAUCAUUCCUUAAAAUUUUCAGGUGUUCACGAUUUUCUCCGUUUGACAGCAAAUUAUUGAAAACUCGCUCUUUGAGGUACUGAUGAUGGUAUUCAGUUAGGAGAUGAUAACUGAAACCUUUAGGAGGAUAAACCUCUGAUAGAUAAAGGUCCGCUUUAGCAAAACGCUGAAUGGCCACCAUAAAUACCAAGUGACCCUUUAGUUUUAUGAUUAGGGUUAGGAAACUUCAUAAAUCAAAUUUCAGGUUGUUUUACAGAAAGAACUGAACUGGAAUUUGAUUCACUCAGUUUUCUAGUCGAUCCAUGCAAGUGUAAGAGACUUUCUCAGAUAUCCAUCACUCCCCUCCAGAAAGCUGUCACUUCUCCUGGACAAAGUUUGUAUUGUUUUUUACCCUGUUUGCGACAGCAAAAUGAUUACUAUUGAUUUGUUUUGACAUAAACCUUCGGUUGUCUUGACUCAAGUUGUUCACAAAAGCUCAUGGGCAAAAUUAAAACCUAUCAUUCGACGCCUCAAAAGGAAAUAAACAUACAGGAAAAACAUAACUAGGUGGGAUGGAACGAAUAAAUAUAUUUUAUUUUCCUAUUCACUUAAUGACAUAACACGUGAAUUGUUUCGUUUCAAAAGGCGUCGUUUUGAAAUAAGAUAGCAUUUGCAGGACAUGGAACAAGAUACCUUUUUAUUUAGACUGACUUUCGAUCUCCACGAUAUUGCUUUCCCAGUGUUUGUUUUCGGUAAACGUGAGCUCACAUAUUAAACUCAGACGCCGGAUAAUCUGCCGAUUAAUUAGGACGUAAUUAGGGACUUUAAGAUCCAACGACGCGACGACAACGAGAGCGUCGCUUAAAAAGUGGAUUUGCGUUCCUUCAUUCUUAAUAGCAAUUAUUCCUACCCACUUACUUUGUGAAAUUUAGGCGAACCCUCCUGAAGCUGAAUUUCAAGGGUCCGUAGCCGAGCUCAGAAAGACAAACAAAGUUUCGUCGUUGCUUGUUUACGUCUUCCAUAAAACGCAAAGUUAGGCAUAUUCACGUCGUAGUCGUGCAAAAACUGGAAAGAAAUGUACAAAAAGGCGUGAUGCACGUGCGAAGUUGUUGUUUUGCUUAUUAAACCAAUUGUUUUUUUUAAACGUUCUCGUUGCCGUCCGCGUCGUUGGAUCUUAAAGUCCCUAUUGUCUCAGUUCCGCAACCCAACGCUGUGUUCAGCUGGUUUUUGUUAAUGUCUUCUCCUUAUUCUAGUUGAGUGAAAUCUGUAUUUUCAAAACAGCCCAAAGAAGCCACUCGCUGGAGAGAGCUCAGGAAGUAAAACGUUUUCCCCAGUGAAGCGAUAAGGGACAAAAAUCCGUUAUGCGCAUGAGCAGUGAUAUUUGUAACUUCUGCACAUGCAUGACCGGAUGUCAGAAAAUUUCUGAUGCUAAUCCGGCAUUUCACAACCUUCCUCUCGCAUGACCUAUCCUAGUUGUAGUUUUAUUGUAAUUACAGUUUGUAGAUAUUCACUGUAAGGAUAUUUUAUAAUUGUAAUAUAGUUUUCACUCUUUGUAGUCUUUUUCAUAUAUAUACUUACAGUUUUUUUUCUUUAACGAUAUGUUUUUUUGGUUACUUAAUUUUUGUUUUAUAGUUUUAGUUUGAGGGCCACUAGUUAUUCAGUUGAAGUACUGUCCCGUAUUACCCUCGUUAGAUAAAGAUGAUUACUAUCAUUAUUAUGAUUAGUAUUUCUCGCACACCAAAUUGCCAUAUUUACUUUUAUUAUGAAAUGUUUGAUUUUGCCUUUGAAUGUUCCUUUUGCAGCUGGUUUGUCACGUGGCAUAACAGCCGUGCGGAGCAUACCAAGGAAAAAGGAGAUUAAUAUCGAAUACAGCAAACUCUUGCAACGUAGGAUUGCGCACUCGAAACUCAAAUUUAAAAAGAACAAAUGAUGUUAAAAAAUUUUACUGGAGGAGUAAGCCAGAAAUUAACAACUGAACUUUAUUGCUCUGGAGAGUUCACUGGAAAAGUACACAGCGAGUUGAUUUUUAUUUCAGUGUUAAAUAUUUUUCUGUCCAUUACCGCGUCUCUGGGCAACACUCUGAUCCUAGUAGCUCUGCCUAAGGUGUCUUCGCUUCAUCUUCCUUCCAAAGUUUUGUUUGGUAGCUUGGCGACAACUGAUAUCUGUGUUGGUGUCAUUGUAGGGCCUACGAGCGUUGUCCAUUGGAUGUCUGUGGUGAAGCAAAGAUGGAAUAUUUGCUAUUACGCGACUAAGGCAAAUUUUAUCCUAAGCAACACUUUAUGCUCAGUGUCUUUGGCAAUAUCAACUGCAAUAAGCGUGGACAGACUCCUGGCGUUGUCACUGGGGCUCAGAUACAGAAAUUUUGUAACAUUUAAGAGAACACUUGUAGCUGUAAUCUCUAUCUGGGUUCUGUCCUUUUUGAUCACGGCAGGCAAUUUUUGGGAUCCUCGCAUAAGGUUGUGGUUUUAUCACCUAGGCAUAUGUGUGUGUCUAGUCACCUCAGUUUUCGCUUACACAAAAAUUUUUUUUACUUUGCGGCGUAACCAGAUUCAGAUACGUCAAAGACAACCGAGCCAAUCAAUUCCACUGAACAUAGUUCGAUACAGAAAGGUAGUGUACAGUGCGAUCUGGAUACAGGUAACAUUGGUUGUUUGUUAUCUGCCGUUUGCUGUAGUGGCGGCGUUAACACCUCAAAGGGGGAUGCCUUUGUCAAUUUAUCUUGCCAGGCAGUAUACAGGAACUGUAGUUUACUUAAACUCAACAUUGAAUCCGCUCCUUUACUGUUGGAGGAUCAGAGAAGUAAGGAGAGUAGUAAAAGAUACAAUCAGCCGGUUCUGUAUUUUCUUAAGCUGAGCUAAGUAGUACCGCAAAUACUUUAAUAAUAAUUUAUACAUUUAGUUCGGCACAUGAAAAGUUCGGCCUCUGAACCAAAGUCGAAACUUCUAGCCGGGUUAGGAGGGAAGAAUGGCCAAGCCGUGAGAAAUUGAAAUAUGCGCUGCGUUCCUUAUUGAUUCAGACGCCAAACUUACCAUUUACUUAAUUCAAGUUUAGGUUCAGCUCAUGAAACGUUCGGCUUUGAUCUGAAACGGGCCUGACCGUGUAAAAUUUGAUUCUUUUUGUGUAAUGUAUUUCUUACUAAUUUUACUUUUUCCAGUUAAGUGACAGAGACAUAAAAUGCAGUGUUUUCCUCUUUUUUCCUUUUGCGCACCGACUGUCCUACACCCCAAGUGGCAUUUUAUAUGUACAGUGUAGGUACAGCUGUUUCUUUAGUCUAAUCAGUUCGUCUUCGUUUUCGCAUCUUAUUGGGCUAAUUAGGAUAGUUUAUAAUAACAAACUAAAAAAUAUAUAUUUUUUAACUACUGCACUAGGUAUACCUAUCGAUAUAGUGCCAACGAGCAAAUCAUGCGUAUUUUGCCGGCAUAGGAAUGGCAUUCCUUUUUUUUCCACAUUUGACAGUUUCUUGGUCCCUACCUUUUGCAAGGAUUAUUUUCUUCACUGUCAAUAAAAAGGUGUCAUGCAUGUAUCAAGGUUCCGGAGAAGAGUCAGUCCUCAGACUCCUGUGGCUUUACGAACCUGCUAUAUUAUAGUUUGAAGUGUCAUGACGGGGAUCUUUUAUUGGCAGAAGAAAGGAAUUGCUUAUUUAGUGGGAAAUAAGCAUGAUCAUUUCUCUUACCAGUGCAGCUACAAAAUUUAAUUACUGUCGGUUCGGUUUCACUUUGUAGAUAAAUAUUUCUGCAGUUUAACCAUUUGAACCCCGUUUCAAAUUUCCCGAGGCUAGUUGUUACCCGAUUGAAACUUAAAAUGAUUUGCUGCGCUGUUUGAAAUGUUUACUAGGACAUGUGAGUAUUCAUUUCAUAACUCGGCCAGGUUUCCACAGGUAACCCAGGCUCUGUGAUAGUACCACAGUACGGUUCCAGUAAGAUUACAGUGUUUGUAUGGGGUAAAAAUAUCAUCCUAAAAUUUCUAGGAAAUACUAAAUAAAGAUCAAUAAAACUUACUCUGCGUUAAUUGUUGUUGUCCUUAUUGCUCCAACGAAGUUUCGUGAUAAUUUGCAGUAAUUUGUUUAAAUUCACUCUAUCUGCAAUAAUAAUAUACAAGGUAGCAAACACGAGGUGCCAUUUUCGCCGACAUGCUCUCAUUCAACACAACUUUUUCCACGAAAUUCGAACUCCAACGGAAAAUAAACAUGCCAGGAUCGUAGAAAUAGGAUAGCAGCAGAUAUAGAAACCAAUGAAGCUUUCCCAGAUAGAGAAACGAAUCCCACAGACUUUGACAAACUCGAAGAAUAUAAUCCAAACAGACCGAGAAUAUGCUCGCCGAAGCAGCCGGGCCAGAUCAACGCACCGCCAAGAAAAUGAGGCCUGGGUACUGUACAAAAAAAAUCAUCCCAGGAGUCCUGAGGUGACCUUUCUGGGCACCGAUACAUCAUUUGCCCAAAGCCACCCUACCCCGUUGAAAAAAUACUUAAUAGAAGGCAAUUGUUCUUCCUAGCCGUACCACCCUGGCCUGUUAUAAAGAGAUUAUGUCCCUCUCGAACUAUAUUCAGCGCCUGGCACUGGUCCUCAGAAAGUUUAUCAAACAUCAAUAGGGCAAGGUUAUAGGGGCAAAGGAAAGAACAACGAAGGGGGAUUUACAAAACUUAAGACGAGUAAAAGAUAUAAUUGAAUUUUGGCUCUUACCGAGGCAUUUGUACAACAGGACCAAAUUCAAAGAGAGGUGUAUCACGAUGAUUCACAUAUUUAACCGAUAGAGCGUUCACUUGUAUUGACAGGAAGUCGGCGUGUUACUGCCGCAUUAAUCGCUAAAUAUGUUAAUCGCGCUAGUUCUUUGUUUACUGGUGCACAUGCCUUUCACAUUCGUCUCAGUUAUCGCAAUUCAUAUUCUGUCGCAAUUUUCUGUAUAAUUUUUGACAUUAGUUUGUAAGCUUCACCGUUUAUUUACGAUAGUUUCGCUCAAGAGUUCAUAGCAACAGUAUCUCAGUCAUCAUCUACCUUUUGUUCAACCGUGUUUUCAGCCCGCCUUGUAAGUAUUUCGCGUUGUUAUUUCAUUAGUUUCAUUACUGUUAUUUGCAUUCCUUAGUAAAAGAAAUGGGACGCCUUGUAAGUCCGCAGACUCUCCUGAUUGUAUUUUUUUUUUAGCCAUUUAAAUUUAGGCGCGUGUGCGGGGUUUGCUCUGGCAAAUAGUGAUCGGCUAGGAAGAACAAUUGCCUUCUAUCAAGUAUUUUUCCAGUAGGGGAGGGUAGCUUUGGGCAAAUGAUGUAUCGGUCCCUAGAAAGGUCACCCCAGGAACCCCGGGAUGGAAUUUUUUUAUACAGUGCCCAGGCCUCAUUUUCUUGGCCGCGUGUUGAUCUGGCCCGGCUGCUUUGGCGAGCAUAUUCUCGGUCUGUUUGGAUUAUAUUCUUCGAGUUUGUCAAAGUCUGUGGGAUUCGUUUCUCUAUCUGGGAAAGCUUCAUUGGUUUCUAUAUCUGCUACUACCCUAUUUCUACGAUCUUGGCAUGUUUAUUUUCCGUUGGAGUUCGAAUUUCGUGGAAAAAGUUGUGUUGAAUGAGAGCAUGUCGGCGAAAAUGGCACCUCGUGUUUGCUACCUUGUAUAUUAUUAUUGCAGAUAGAGUGAAUUUAAACAAAUUACUGCAAAUUAUCACGAAACUUCGUUGGAGCAAUAAGGACAACAACAAUUAACUGCAGAGUAAGUUUUAUUGAUCUUUAUUUAGUAUUUCCUAGAAAUUUUAGGAUGAUAUUUUUACCCCAUACAAACACUGUAAUUUUACUGGAACCGUACUGUGGUACUAUCACAGAGCCUGGGUUACCUGUGGGUUUCGAAACAGAUAGAGUUGUUUUCUUUUCCUCUGUCGUUCGCUUUAGGCUUGUAAUUCUUGUUUUUUUCUUAGUUUUUUGUUUGCUGUUUAGAUUUUUUCCUCAACAUCAGAUUUUUCCAACAGAAGUGACUAUAUUCUUCGUAUCAAGCUUUCUCCUCGUGUAAUCUGAUCCUUUUUAGUGUGGUGAGAAUUGCUUGUUUCACAUGGAACACUUUUAUCGUUUUACAAGCUUUUCUUCGUUAAAACUUUACAUUGAUGGCCCCCAAAAUUAAACCAAUUAAUCAGGUACUCAUGUUUCUUGACUGCCGGGGCCAGGUUCAGUUAAAUAAACAUAGGAAGCUUGUAAGAAAUUUUGUAUUUUUAAAACCGCACCACAUUCAACUUCAGCCCGUGCGCCAGGUAACGCCUUUUGAUUGGUUGACAACUGCCACACCAUUGGUCUCAGGGGAAUCUACAUUACAUCAGGCUACGGGUUACACUUUUUGAAGCUCGAUCGAGAAUUUUUUUGCCUAUUGCCAAGUCUUGCGCGGCUCUAUUCUGCUGCCGCCUCGCCAAUGGCUCGUUGAUAAUAAGCUGAAAGGUAAGCACGGAAAAACACGUUUUCACUUUGCCUAUAUCUUUCUUCCACCCUCUAUUUAGUUUAGUUCAAAAAGCAUUCCUAGAGUUAACUUUGAAUUUUGUAUUCCUGCUGCGCCAUAGCACGCAUAAAAUGUAUUAUAAAAAGGGCGCUGAUGGUAUAUCCGAUCGCAGUGUUAUUAGAUGAUGUGAUAUCAAAUUUUAUUCCAACUAACGUAAGAGGCAUUAAUGUAAAACUGAUUCAUUUUAGUAUAGCAGGUCUGAUUGUGACGUCAUUGACGCUGUCAGAUUUGGAUAAACUUGCAGCUCAGAUUUUAUUAACAAUUGACAAAACAUGGGCAAAUAAUACCUCUGAAAUUUCCUGUAAGUAAUAAUUGCAGUUUCUAACGCCUGCUUGUUUACAGACGAACUGGAAUCAGUGACUACUGCAUAGAAAAACAUUAAUUAUUUUUGGACUGCUGUUUAAACAAAUGUAUCAUAUCAUCAGAGUUUUAAGUGGACCAUUUUGCUUUAUCUAAUCCUCAUUUGUCGCAGAUGGAUGCCUUUGGCGAGCCGUCUACUCACUCGUCCCCAGUCGUCUGUCACAAGCCCACACUAGUCGCAAGAUUAAGCGAAUCCUAUGUUCUGAUUGGCUACCCGAGCAGGCAAGAUAGGCCCACCUUGCCCCAAAAUGAAGGGCAUUCUCGCAUGCUAGUGACUGUCCAAUUAAUACUGCAACAAACAUUUGUUGGAAAAUGUGUCUAUAUUCGAGUGCCAUUUAUGAUGUCCUUGAUGGCAAGCGAAUUUCACAGAGGAGGGAGAAAGAAUUCUAUCAGUAUUUUUUCUUUCUGUUCUAGGAAUUGGAACUUUUUCCAAUGUACCCAUUCUCUCCACCAAAAGUGGGCUCACUCGUAACGCAGGUUGUCCGAAGGGAUCUUUCAGUUGUUUAUUUUCAGAACAUAACUUUAUUCCCGCAAACCAACAACUAUAAAAUUACUUUUCUUUAUUUGAUACUUCCUUUGUCCUGGACAACAAGCGUUCUCGUUGACAGGACAGGAAGGACGGGAAACAGAAACAAAAAGGGUUUAUGAGAUACUCAUCUACUGUUUGUUUGAGGAGUUCUAAAAUAACCUUUUUUGUCCAAUAUAUGGUUCCCUCGGCUAGAGUCGAAUCGUUCACCUGUUGGAACAAAACUUCAUUGCUCUAGAUCAAAAAUUUGGUUUUGUCGAAAUUGUUUGCCGGUGCGAAUUUUCGCUCAGGCGGUAUGUCUGCAAAACCAUUCGCUUCUGUGGAUGGGAAAGAGAGAGAGGCUGCUCGCGGACUACAGUUAGUUGUAAUAUUCGAAAAAUAUUGAGGGUCGGAAUUUUCGAGACACCGAGGGGUGUGAGAUUUUCGGGAGUCUGAGUUUUCGAGGCACCCAGGGGUCUGAGUUUUUCAGGGGUCUGAGUUUCUUGGGGUCUGAGGUCUGUGUUUUCGAGGUCUAAGUUUUCGUAACACCCCCGAUAGGUUUUGCCCUUACAAGCACCUAUCGGAGAAAUAAGCGUUAAGAGAAUUCGAGCAGCUUCGGCGUAUGAACAACAAAGGGGAAAACUAACUCAGCAACUCGUUUGGCUAGUGGGAAAGGAACUCGUCACUAUUCCAAGGUACUAUAGGAUCUGCUACAACUGGAAACAGGACAGCACUCAAGCUUGGACUACAACAGUUUAAUCUUCAGCUCGUGGACGUAAAUCAUACAUAUAUGUGCAUCCAAAAUGUAAAUCAUCCAUGUAAAUCCGCAAUGUAAAUCGAAAAACAGGGAUAACAGUGCUGUAUUUUUACUAACCGAUCAACCUAUUACAACAUCACAAAACCGGUGGAAAGAGGGCUGAAUCAGCUGAAAACUAAAAACAAAUCUGUAUAAAUUCAGCUUUAAAGUUUAUGUGCUAAAGUAAAUGACUCAAAAUUAAAUUUCAGUCAAGGAAAUGAAUUUCGAAAACUUCCAAAGAUUCAGCAGUAAAGCUGUGCAAAAGAAUUCUAGUUUCCUUUGCUCAGGUUUCGUUAAAAUGUCAAAACUUAAAACUACGGACGGUUGGUAUUUGAAGAGGCCAAAGAUCCAGUUAUUCAGUGACUAAACUGUAUAAUUAUUCAGAAAUUAAUUACUACAACAUUGAAAGAGAAAUGUGUAUAAUUUAAAAGAACUAAAACAUUUCAAUGCAAAUUCAAUGUAAAUUACGGCUAAAACUGACAACUUCAAAGGCAACACCUAAAAGCCAGACAAGAAAUCCGAGGCAGAUAGAGAAUUCAUGGGAAACUCUCUCCUUACAAUAUUAACACGCUUUCAUUAUUUGUUAGUUGGUGCGGCCUGCAUUUUUUUAUCACAACUUUUAGUAUCCGAGGAAAUUUGCUAGCAGAGGUGGUGAAGUGGUGAAAAUUCGUGCAAAUGAUUAACAUUAAAGGCGAAAAACUGGGUACGCGAGUUAGGUGUAAAGGUAUCAAAAACAAACCAAAAAAUAAUCUCGUUAUGAAAUUGGCAAUUUCAUAAUGAGAUUAUUUAAUAUCAUCUAUGAAUAACUUACAGAAAAAGCCCGGAAAAUUGAGGGCACGAACGUUUUCACACCCAGUGAUUUUCCCUGAAAGUGUAUUUACCGGGCCUAGGAACAAUUUUGAUCAGCCCAAGUUAAAACUUCUAUACACAGACUGCCACUAGAUCUGUGAUUAGGUUCAAAGGUAGAAUUGAAGUGUUUAUUAAUAAAUGGUGAUGAUUGGUCGUAAUUUUUUUUAUGGAAUUGUCUUCCCUAAACUUAGUGCCUAAUUUGGUCCAAAAAACAUACUGGAAGUUUUUUUUCCAGCGAGAUAGAAUGUCAAACAAAAGCCGCGAUUAUCUUAGAGUUUUCUUUUAACCGGAAGUGGUUUUCUUGGACGAAUGUGCAUUUCAUUAAGAACGCAGAGUGUGCGAGGAGCAUACGAGAAAAUGGGAGAGGACCGGGGAGAACAUAUUUCGCUGAUAAAUUUGCUUAACUGAUUUUUAUCGGAGAAAAUUUUUCAUAAAUGCGAAGGGUCGUGUAAAGGAAGACGGUGUCUUCAAAUUCUACGAGCAAGAGUCUUGUCAAAGAGGCAUGAGCUAUCACGCACGACGUACGACGCACGACCCACGACCCACGACCCACGACCCACGACCCACGACCCACGACGCACUACCCACCCACGCACGCCAAUUAGUCAAUCUUGUCUCCCAAGUAUUAUAUCAAACGUUAUAAACAACAAAAACGAACUCUGAAAAGCCGUUAGGCUAGCAAGUUUUCAAAAACCAAAAUUUCAAUCCCUUUCAAUCGUCUUCAAGUUUGUCCAUCCCUGGCUCCUUUUGUAUUUGCUGUGCCGUUUAUUAUUCCUUCUUUUGACGUUUUGAGCGAUAUUUAGUAAUUAAUUUCUCAGGUGAUUUUAGAGAUUCGUGCCCUCUUAAUGGUUCAUGUCUACGUCAUAUGUUCUUACAACCACCUGGUGAGGGGAUAUUACAGAACGUAUUAGCUUUAUAGAGUCAGUUUCGCAGAGCUCUAAAGGUGUUACUUAGUCCUAGAGAAAUGACAUAUAAGGUAUGACGUGAAAGUUAAUUAUUUUAACAUAUUAUUAUUUUUUUUGGAACUUCUUACAACUGUUAACAAUUAAUGAACUAAAACGUUCAUCCCAUCGAAAAGUCCAAUUUAAAUUAUUAUUGACGCACGGGGGAUGUGAAUAUAAACGUCAGUUUGUAUAUCAAAGGCAGAUCUUCUUCCGGGCUGUGUUAACUUUAUUUUCGACUGUCUUGGCCGACAUCUGUUUUAGCAGGUGGCUCUGAGUAUUCGAUAAAUUUUAUCCCUUUCUUUUCAGUACCAGGUAUUUUGCAUAAAAUCUUAGGUUCGCACUUUCAAUCCACUUAUUUGAAUUUGUGAAAACAGAAUAACUUUCAGGAAAAGAAUAUUUGGAGAAAUUCUUCUCUCGAUUUCAAUUUUGUGUGUACGUGUGAUAGUUUUUGCAUUUGUUAUUUAAUACAUUAAUUAUUUGCAGCCUGAUGAAAGCUUAAUGGGGGUUUUUUUUUCCCACAAACCGAAGCAAAAAAGCUUCCCUUGUGCUUUAUUUACAUAGUUUCCGAAACAAUACGUGUAUUAAAUUAAUAUGUUUUUAUCUGUUUUAGCUUUCUCGACUGUGACAGCUACAGCGCUUUUAACGCUAUACCACUAAUUACACAGUUAUUGCUGUCAUUGCGAAGCAGUUCUAGUAACUAGAACUGUGUGGGCGGAACAAGUUAUAUCAUAAUUAGUACAGUUGUAUACAGGAACUUUGUGUAGACGUUUAUAAAAGACUCGACGUUUGCUCACGUAUUUUCUCUACAACAUUUUUCACCUUUGCUGACAAAUUCGUGUUGUGAAGGAUCUCCUGCUUAUCUAAUCUAGUUGUGCCCUCGACGUCAGUUUAGUCAAAUAACGCAGAGGCGGCAGAAUGGUGGGGUUGUUAAGCAACUUUAUAAAAAUUAGAAAGCCAUCUAGAUUAGUUGAGGUAAAAAUUUUGAGAGAUUUAUUAUUAAUAAAAAACCGUUUGAUAAUUAUAUUCGGUCUUAACUGUUUCUUGAAAAAAAAAACAUGUCCAAAAAAAGAAAAAAAUCACAAACAGUCGAUUCUAACGAUCUAACACUUUAUACAAAAGAAUAAAGGGUAUAGCCUUAAAAUAGACGCCCCCUCCCUUCAAAAAAUUAAAAAUCGGGGAGAGAGAUUUUUUCUGAGGAGAGGGGGACGUCUAUACACGGGCUAAUAGAAUAAGGUAUCAAAAAGGCUAGCAAAUCAAAAUUUACAGCAAGUCUUUAGUAUUAUAAACUUAAACUAAAACCUAGACAUAGAAAAGGCUAGAAAAACAAAAAAUGUUGGAGAAACAUUGUUUUUAUUAUGAGCGAUAUAGGUUUAACCGUCCGAUGAAAUAAUUCCGUGAAUUCUGAGAAUCUAAAAAAGGAUAGAAAAGUUUAUCUAAACGGUAACCAUUUCAUUGGUAGAUGUGUGCCCUCAUGGUGCUUAACACAUUACACUUUACUGGAGUCCAGGAAAGAUUAUUACAUUCUUAAGCAAUUUCAAGAUGCUUUAUUGGGAAAAGUGAAACUUGCUGUCUUUUUAAACUUUUGACAUAUUCGCAUUGAUAUGACACACUGUGUGACAUCAGCUAUAGCCAACUUUAGCUGAUUGCAAGUUUGGUGCAAUAAUAUUUAUAUUGGCAAUGGAGAUAAAAACUUAUAUUGACGUCCGAUUGACUUAAAAUGUUGUAGCGUCACUAGCUCGGCAAUCUCGUUCACCAUUAAGAAAGAGUUAUUCGUGCUUAUUUAUUCUUGUUAGUAGUCAGCUAAGGGCUCCUGUGGCCGCAGGUGUUUAAUACAACACUCUUAAAGCUAGUCUUGGUAUAUUUUCGUGAAAGUUCGUCCUGUAAGCAAUGCUAUAAUUAGGCUUUGUACAAGGUGAGUAACCUGGUAUCGACAGUUUUGUUAGUCUAAAUAUCUUCCCCAAGCAUAAAAGUCAUCGAUAAAGUACCUGAAAGCAUCUAAAAGUGCAUAGAAGAAGAGUAAGAAGAACAUUAGAAUUAUUUCCUCCUUGUGCCAAUGGGAUAACAUAACAGUGAAAUAAUUUUAUAACUAAUAGAACAUUCAGUCUUUUUAUAAAAACAUGUUUUUAAAAAGUUAGCUUAACUAGGUAACGUCCUCUUAAAACUUCGUGAUUCAUGAGCCAUGUUGUUUGAAAUUUGACUGUUGAUUCAAACAGCGGAACUUUUCAUGGUUCCCAACUCAAUUAGUACAUGCAAACAAAGACAAUUUCAACGCACAGUUUCACAAAAGGAAAGUUGUUUAAAUUGGCUAGAGAUCCCUUUAAUAAAUUUCGUUUCGUUUUGUUCUUUUUUUGCAUCCAAUUUCCCGGUUCUUUACCACGUUUAAAAUUUUCUGAUCAGAACAUUAUAAAAGCAUCGAAAAUGAAACAGCUUUAUACUAACCGAACUGGUGACAAGUUUGCAUGUUUUCACAACAGUAUCGACUUUUUUGGUCAAGCAAUGUCGCUAACUUGCAGGUGUCACGUAAUGAUGAAAGAAUAACUGAAACUGAUCGUGUUUGGAGCGUCCUCUUGCAGAGAAAAUGCGUUUAGGUCAUGUGCGCGUUUGAAUAAAACACAUGUGCGACCGUUUUUUAAAGGCUGUAGUAACAUUUAUUAUGUACAGUUGGAAAAUCUAUACUUCCUGCCCUUUCGAACUGCAAACAUGAAAUCCGUGUCUGAUUUACGUCGAUCGCGACAAUCCGGUUUUGUUUGUAAUUGAAUGCAAUGUAAAAGCAGAGAAAAAGAGAAUUGAAGGUCAAGCUUGAGAAGUUUCUAUGAGAACCACGAGCCUUGACAAAGAAUGUUUACCUUCAUUGUGGGCUAAACUCCACCCCCUCCUUGAGUUUGCACACAGCCUUAGCUUACUGAAGCAUAGGGCAUCUUUAAAGUUUACUUGGUUAUUGACAUAUAAUAAGCCAAACGGAUUGGCGAAAACUUGCUUCCACUGGUCAUUGCAGAUUUACUUCCGGUAAAACUCUUUCCUAGAUGGAAACCCUCAUAUUAUAACACAAAAUAAUCAAUUUUAAGGGAACUAAACAAUUAAACAAUUAUAGCUGUGAGCAGAUAUUGUACUUUAACUCUAUAAAGCACUACAUUCAGUUUCAAUACAACUGUACUACCCUCAAAAAAUCAGUUCAGGUAACUCGAACUCUCUAUAACUCGAACCUCCCGCUAACUUGAACCAAUUUUCAUUUCCCUUCAGAUCAUUUUCUAUAUGAUUUUGCCCUCGAUAAUUCGAACUCCCGAUAACUCGAACUUUUUUUCUAUUUCCCUUGAAGGCUCGAAUUAGCGGGAGUGGACUGUAUGUGAUUUUCCCUACCCAAUUUCAAGUCUGAUCCAAAAUUCUAUUCCCAAUUUCAAACCAGGCCUUGCACCCCACUCUCAAGGCAUGAAGAGAGCAGCUACCCAAGAAAAUGCUUUUGGGUUGUGUGAUACUCAAAGUAGUCUUCUCAAUGGGGUCUUCUAAAGCAUACAGUCUGAUCUAUAUAAAGUGUACAUCACUCUACAUUUCACUGUUCUAGAUAAGAACGUACAGCUGUAUAGCUUAUGAUAACCUGUUGUAGGCCUUAGGAUAGUGAGAAAUAGAGCAUUAAAAAUUGCAGGGUAAUUUUUUUUCUCUUUGUGCAUUCCCCAAUACCUGAAUGUCUGGAACAGGCUACCAUAAACUACUACUUUUAAGCCUCCCCCGUCCCCCAAUUUAUAAGCCCCCUCAGUUAUAAGCCAAUCUACCGGUAAACUAGCCUCCCACGCAGGCGUUUUUAGGGGUGCUCGUUUUUCAUCCCUCCCCUAAAAACGCCUGCGUGGGAGACCACCGGUAAACAAGAAAAAAUGGCCCUCCAGGUGAUAAGCCCUCCCCUAAGCUUCCACUAUUACAUUUUGAAGCUUAGUUAGAAACCAGUAAAUGCAAAAAGUAUUUUGUUUCGAAUCGCUUUUUCUGUUCCAGUUAUAAGCCCCUUGGAUAUAAGCCCCUCCUUUUUUGGAAAGAAAAAAAAACCCUGAAAACUCCUUACUCCUUUGAGGUUUACUCGUGUGUCCUGAACUUUAUGGUCACACAAUCAUCAUUCCUUAAAAUUUUCAGGUGUUCACGAUUUUCUCCGUUUGACAGCAAAAUUAUUGAAAACUCGCUCUUUGAGGUACUAAUGAUGGUAUUCAGUUAGGAGAUGAUAACUGAAACCUUUAGGAGGAUAAACCCCUGAUAGAUAAAGGUCCGCUUUAGCAAAACACUGAUUGGCCACCAUAAACACCAAAUGACCCUUAAGUCUCAUGAUUCGGGUUAGGAAACUGAAUGAGUCAAAUUUCAGUUAGGGUUGUUUUACAGAAAGAACUGAACUGGAAUUUGAUUCACUCAGUUUUCUAGUCCAUGCAAGUGUAAGAGACUUUCUCAGUUAUCCAUCACUCCCCUCUAGAAAGCUGUCACUUCUCCUGGACAAAGUUUGUAUUGUUUUUUACCCUGUUUGCGACAGCAAAAUGAUUAGUAUUGAUUUGUUUUGACAUAAGCCCUCGGUUGUCUUGACUCAAGUUGUUCACAAAAGCUCAUGAGCAAAAUUAAAACCUAUCAUUCGACGUCUCAAAAGGAAAUAAACAUAUAGGAAAAACAUAACUAGGUGGGAUGAAACGAAUAAAUAUAUUUUAUUUUCCUAUUCACUUAAUGACAUAACACGUGAAUUGUUUCGUUUCAAAAGGCGUUUUGAAAUAAGAUAGCAUUUGCAGGACAUGGAACAAGAUACAAUUUUAUUUAGACUGACUUUCGAUCUCCACGAUAUUGCUUUCCCAGUGUUUGUUUUCGGUAAACGUGAGCUCACAUAUAAAACUCAGACGCCGGAUAAUCUGCAGAUUAAUUAUCUCAGUUCCGCAACGGUAUACUGUGUGUUCAGCUGGUUUUUGUUAAUGUUUUCUCCUUAUUCUAGUUGAGUGAAAUCUGUAUUUUCAAAAUAGCCCAAAGAAGCCACUCGCUGGAGAGAGCUCAGGAAGUAAAACGUUUUCCCCAGUGGAGCGAUAAGGGACAAAAAUCCGUUAUGCGCAUGAGCAGUGAUAUUUGUAACUUCUGCACAUGCAUGACCGGAUGUCAGAAAAUUUCUGAUGCUAAUCCGGCAUUUCACAACCUUCCUCUCGCUUGACCCAUCCUAGUUGUAGUUUUAUUGUAAUUAUAGUUUGUAGAUAUUCACUGUAAGGAUAUUUUAUAAUUGUAAUAUAGUUUUCACUCUUUGUAGUCUUUUUCAUAUAUAUACUUACAGUUUUUUUUCUUUAACGAUAUGUUUUUUUGGUUACUUAAUUUUAGUUUUAUAGUUUUAGUUUGAGGGCCACUAGUUAUUCAGUUGAAGUACUGUCCCGUAUUACCCUCGUUAGAUAAAGAUGAUUACUAUCAUUAUUAUGAUUAGUAUUUCUCGCACACCAAAUUGCCAUAUUUACUUUUAUUAUGAAAUGUUUGAUUUUGCCUUUGAAUGUCCCUUUUGCAGCUGGUUUGUCACGUGGCAUAACAGCCGUGCGGAGCAUACCAAGGAAAAAGGAGAUUAAUAUCGAAUACAGCAAACUCUUGCAACGUAGGAUUGCGCACUCGAAACUCAAAUUUAAAAAGAACAAAUGAUGUUAAAAAAUUUUACUGGAGGAGUAAGCCAGAAAUUAACAACUGAACUUUAUUGCUCUGGAGAGUUCACUGGAAAAGUACACAGCGAGUUGAUUUUUAUUUCAGUGUUAAAUAUUUUUCUGUCCAUUACCGCGUCUCUGGGCAACACUCUGAUCCUAGUAGCUCUGCCUAAGGUGUCUUCGCUUCAUCUUCCUUCCAAAGUUUUGUUUGGUAGCUUGGCGACAACUGAUAUCUGUGUUGGUGUCAUUGUAGGGCCUACGAGCGUUGUCCAUUGGAUGUCUGUGGUGAAGCAAAGAUGGAAUAUUUGCUAUUACGCGACUAAGGCAAAUUUUAUCCUAAGCAACACUUUAUGCUCAGUGUCUUUGGCAAUAUCAACUGCAAUAAGCGUGGACAGACUCCUGGCGUUGUCACUGGGGCUCAGAUACAGAAAUUUUGUAACAUUUAAGAGAACACUUGUAGCUGUAAUCUCUAUCUGGGUUCUGUCCUUUUUGAUCACGGCAGGCAAUUUUUGGGAUCCUCGCAUAAGGUUGUGGUUUUAUCACCUAGGCAUAUGUGUGUGUCUAGUCACCUCAGUUUUCGCUUACACAAAAAUUUUUUUUACUUUGCGGCGUAACCAGAUUCAGAUACGUCAAAGACAACCGAGCCAAUCAAUUCCACUGAACAUAGUUCGAUACAGAAAGGUAGUGUACAGUGCGAUCUGGAUACAGGUAACAUUGGUUGUUUGUUAUCUGCCGUUUGCUGUAGUGGCGGCGUUAACACCUCAAAGGGGGAUGCCUUUGUCAAUUUAUCUUGCCAGGCAGUAUACAGGAACUGUAGUUUACUUAAACUCAACAUUGAAUCCGCUCCUUUACUGUUGGAGGAUCAGAGAAGUAAGGAGAGUAGUAAAAGAUACAAUCAGCCGGUUCUGUAUUUUCUUAAGCUGA